ACGGCGCCUCAGUCCGCGUGUCCUUCCGUACCGCGAUACAGCAGGGUCCAAGGGUAUAACGAGUGAAUAUUUUUCGUUCCAUCUAAGGCAUUCUUUGCAGCUGUUAUAAACAAAUAAAACGUUACCUUAUAGUUUUUAUCAUUUUCGUUUCUGCCGUCUGUUAGGAGAAUCGCAAUCUUCAUUAGGUAUACAAAUGUAUCCGCAUCUUCGACCGAAAUGGGAAAGUCCAAAAAAUUACCCCAUCAAAAGACCGCGGUCGUUGACGAUUCACCCGACCAUUUCUAUCAAUGAUGUAAAAUGCGGUAUACCGUGUAUCACACGCUAAACAAGACGGAUAAAGAAAAACUGAAUCGCGAGUGUUUCGAGGGAAUCUGUAUCGAAUUCCCUAUGAAAUUAAUCGUCCUUUGUCACGACUAUUUUGAUCGAUACGAAGAUAGUCCGUACAGAAGCAUAGACUGUGGAUACAAAAGUUUAGGGUAUAUGAGAAAAAAGUAAAAGGAAUCAAUGGAAUAAACGGAGAAAUAAGUAACCGAAUAAACAGAGAGAGAUAAAAUAAAAGAAAAUAAAGAAUUUUGGCGCCAGUUUGUGGAACCCCCGCAAAUGUGGCUCUGUGUACGUUGAAUCGAGGAUACACGGGCGGCCGUGCUGCCCGUGUCGGUGGUUCGCGAAGCGACAAUAGUGUUAGAUUACCGCUUAGCCCGCGGACUUUGUGCGCGCCGGGUAAUUCGGGGUCCCAUGGAGGUCAGGCCCAUCAUCAUCAGGCCGUUACCGGAACACCGAUGGUGGGCGACGAUGGACCCGGACCCGAAGAAGCGAUGGUUCAAGUCGAAAGACCCGCCCAAGCCGGCACGUGGGUUUGCUGCGUACCCUGCUAUUGGCUAAGGAGAAGUAAAGCCGUCCACAAGGCCCUUCUCACUCUGGCGAUGCUGCUGGUCACCAGCCUACUCGUUACUAGUCCGGUACUUUUUCUCAUUACCACGUUACCGGAAGCUGAACAACCGAGGGAAUGCGCGCCGCAGGACGAGGUGUGCCUGAGGGACCGAGAGGGUCAGGAGGGUGUUUGCGAGUCUACCGUCUGCGAGGAAGCGUCGCGACGGAUGUUGGCCUCGAUGAAAAGGGGCGUCGAUCCGUGCAGAGACUUUUAUCAAUUUGCUUGCGGUGGAUUUAGAAAGAAUCGAGAACCGCAGCAACCGACGUCAAGUUUCAACGGUCUCCAGUCCCACGUUGACAACCAAAUUAAAGAUAUCCUGGCAAACUCAACCGGCAGAAUGACGGGAGCUUUCUUCAAAUUGGGACAGUUUUACAAGAGCUGCGUCGACUCCAAGAAACAACCGGCUAACUUUUCCCCUAUGUUCCAACUUUUGGACGAACUCGGGGGAUACCUUCCGCCCAGGACGAUGGCACCCUCCGAUAUAACGCCGCUGGUGGCCGCACUCCUCAGAGUCAAUGGGGCCCCGUUAUUCGACGUCUACGUCGACGUCGAGCCUUACGAUCACACCAGACGCGCUAUUUUUCUUGACCUACCCACGAAAUCCCAGGUCAACGCCCUCUACGAUCGUCAGAGAUGGGGACCAAAAUGGCCCGCCAGAUUCCUACCAACCGACGAACGCAAGUUAGGAACCAACGUCGUCGAGAGCAGAGCUUACACCUUCAUAAAGGCGAGUGUUCAUCCCCUCCGUUUACCAACCCCACUGCUCAGAGUAGAAGAGCAGAGACUUCUGGAGAUGGAGAAAAUUCUACAGGAAUUUUUGCCGAAAAAUAUGGGCCCUAAGGAUAAAGAAAAUGAAACCAAUCAGAUUCUCCUAUUUUGUUCAAUGCUCAAUAAGAUUUAUCCGCGACACAAGGACCUUUAUAACUGGAUGGACCAAAGAGGUUUCUUGGCGCACAACCUGACUUCGUUGCAGGAGAAUUUCGGUUAUAUAAGGUGGGGGACGCUGUUCGGUGAAGUGCUAGGCGCUGAUCGCAAUCACGAUCAAGAACUUGUUGGUGCCGAGGAUCAGGUGAUUUACGUAUACGUAACAGCACCGCACUAUUUCAGAAGUCUCGGGAAACUGCUGAACCGAUUUUCGAGGAGGAUCAUCCACAAUGGUUUACUCCUGUUAUACGCAAGAGACACCCUACACGACGUGGUGAACGUCAGUGCCAGCGAGAACUGGAAUGCUUCAUGCAGCAAAUUGUCAACCGCCGUUUUCAGUUCAGCUGUUGGUGCACUUUACGUACAACAGUACAAUCAGCAGUACCUCAACGCUGUGGCGGACAAGGUAACGCGUUUGUUCGAUCGAAUAAAAAGUACACUGGCGGAAAGAAUGUUGGUCAUGUCUUGGCUGGACGAAGAAACACGUACUCAGGCGUUGCUGAAGCUCCGCGCGUUGGAAGGGAAAUUUCACGUUUGGCCAGGAUUCCACAAUAACACGAGAAUCGCCGUGGAAAUGACGGAGGUUACGGUCGACCCUCACGAUUUUUUCUCAAACGUCGUUAGGAGAUUCAGACAAAUCAGGGCCAUCAAAGGCGAUCACGCACUCAAGGGCAACAUGACAGCAAAAUGGCCUCAUCCAUUCGUCGUCAACGCGUAUUACGAUUCGACGGUGAACGCAAUCGUCAUCCCCCUAGCGAUGUUAACCGCUUGGCCUUGGGACGGUGGUCCAGCUUAUAUGGCGCACGCGACUCUAGGGGUGAUAAUCGGUCACGAGGUACUUCACGCAUUUGAUGUCCAUCAUCGUGGCCAGCAGCCCGAAGAGUGGCUUUGGUUAACCGCCGAAUCACGACGUCGUUUGGAAACUAGGAUAGAAUGCGUUGCCAAACUUUACGCUAAAAGUUUUUGGAAGAAGGUGCAAUUCCUGGGCAGCAGCGUCGAUGUCCAGUUUGAUUGGAACGUGACGAGGAACGAAAACAUGGCCGACAUUGGUGCCUUGCAAAUAUCUUACCAAGCCUGGCAGAGCUUAACGAAUGGAAAAGACCGCACUCUUCCCGGUUUGCAGUCUCUCCGACCGAGUCAGUUGUUUUUCAUAAGCGCAGCUCAGCCAUAUUGCUCAAACGUUACAGCGGAGGAUUAUAUCCUGUCUGUAGAACUGGACGACCACACGCCUCACCCGGAAAGAGUGAACGGGAUAAUGAUGAAUUCCCAAGCGUUCGCAGAGGCGUUUCGUUGUCCGGCAGGUGCUAAGAUGAAUCCACCAUUAAAAUGCAGCACCUGGUGACCCCCGGAAGUGGAUGUUGUUACUGAGGGUUAACAGGUCAUUCAGAAGCCCCAAAUCUGGCGAGUCAAUUUUCAGCUCAAAAAAUUAAAUGCGUAUCUGACCGAACAGGACUGCGUUUAUUUUAUGAUGCGGAAUUUGAAAAAGGCCCGUCGAACAGAAAAAAGAAGAAAGGAUAUAAUGUAUAGAUUUGUUAGAAUUUCGGGCAUCGCGUGACCGGAAAUUCGGGUGAAUAAUUGAAGGAGAAAAAAUAAAACGUAUAACCAAUUUUCACCCUUACGUAUCGAAAUUGUUUCGCAUAUAUUUUCGUUCUCUCAUAUUUUUUGUUUGCAUCCAUCAGGGAAGAUGUCAGGAUGACGAUGACGAACAAAGUUGCGGUGAAAUAUUUUCCCACUCGAAAGCAUCCCCGACAAAAAGAAAAUGAAUAAAUGACCUGCGUAAAAAAGCUAUUUGAAAAAAUUGACGGGAUCAGGUGUUACGGGGGAUUGCGGAGAGCGUGUUUCCACUUUUUUCGCUUACAGGAUGAAAGCUGUACACGCACCGCAAACAUCUUAUCCGGAAUGAAGUAUUUUUUUAUAUUCGACUUUUUCUUCAUUUUUCUUUCUCUUAAAAAUCAAAAGGUAGGAAAAAAAAACAAAAACCAACGAAGAAAACCGUAAAAUAAAUCGCGGUCCGUGUUCUACCACGAAAGCAAUUUGCCGAAUGUGAUAUGUCUGUGCUGCUUGUUAGUGUUUUUCAAAGUUUAAUGAUUAAUAUUAAAAUGAUUAUGUACAGAGUGUCACAACUUGAUAAAUGAAGGAUUUUCAUACCUCGAAAACCGGACGAGAUGCGAAUCGCGCGUAAAGCGAUCAAAUUUUUUGGGCAAAGUAUUUCUUCAAACGGAUAUCUAUUGUUUCUCCAAGCGUAAGAAUUCAGGCCGAUUUCCAGCAAUCCGAUUUCAAUGUUUUCCAGUCUAGUCACAACUUCCAAACAUUCGCGAAAUGAUGGAAAUGGACUUUACGAGCAAUGUAUGAACGAUGGCUGAAAAAUUUCUUCGAAAGAAAAAAAAUCAAUCACCAUCAUUAGCAAAAAAAAAAGUAGUCUCUGUCAAAUUUGCUGAAUACCGUUGCGGAUCAAGGAUCUUUCAUUUGAAAGUUGUUUUCUUUUUCGUUUAUCAGGCACCGAAAUCCUUCGUUACAGUCACGACACCCUGUAUACGAAAUAUAUUACGAAAACGUUAUCCAAAAUUGUAUAAGAUAAAUAAAUGACACUAACAAUUGAAUAAAUAAAUCGACAUAGAUUAUAUAUAUACCUAUAAUUACGAGGUUCAACGGUAGCUUUGUAAGCGUUAAUAGUAAUUGUUAUUAUCAUUAUCAUUAUUGUCGUUUUUAUUACUGUUAUUAUAUAAUAAUCAUUUGAGCCUAAUUAAACAGAUCAACGGUUGUUUCGGAAUUGUUUUCCUAUUUAUGAUAUAUUAUGCAUAGGAAAUGUUCCACCGAUAUUGCGUGAACGAAAAAACAUGUAGGUACUAAAUAGACAAUGUAGAGAGCGAGACGAUUGAAAACCUGCAAAAAUGCCUGUUUCCGUUGAAAAAAUGCGACGUACAGAAGAGUCGAAUUUUCAGCAGGGGGACGCGCGGGAUAUAGUGUAAUAAUUAUUGAAUAAAUAAUAUAGUCGCAUAAUUGAGAAUUUAUCGUUAGUAGAAAAUGAGAGAGCUAAGUAGUCCAUAGUGAAUACGAAGUAUGUAGUGAUAACAGCAACAAUAAUAAUAAUAAUAACAACAACAACAAGAAUGGUAAUAAUAAUAUUAAUUACAAUAAGCCUCGGCAUAUUUUUGACGCAAGAAUCGCAAACUGUGAUAUUCUUAUGCAUACGCAAAUAAUUAAUUAAUUAAUUAUCGAUCCAUUGUUCAACACUGUAGAUUAUAAAGUGAAGAUAAUUAAAAUUAUUCCGAAAAUUUCGAUGAUUAAUUUGUCGUUGUGAGAUCUUUAUAAUGGAAUAAAAAUUAACCAUAUAAAUUGGCAAAUAACGUGUAUUGAUAUAUAUACAUAUUUAUAGUAUGAUAACAUUAAAUAAUUCGGAGUGUAAGUAGGUGAAUCGAAUAAAGUUAUAGGAAAAAAAAAAAACGAAGAAAAUUACCCAAAAAAAAAAAAAAAAACUAACGAUUGAACAAAUAAGCAUAUUGUUUAAAAAUAACCGGUGUUCUCGGCGCAGUUGCGCAAUCACUAUUAUAACGAUUAUAGGCUGAAACUAUAACGAAAUGAUGCUUGAAGACCCAGUUUAUUGAAUUGAGAGCAUGAAUUCCUAAAUAAAUAAAUAACUUUAAUUACUUUAAGUAAAUAAAUGUACCUAUACUAUAAUUAAGCUGUCUUGUAUGGCAAAUAAAUAUGAUUUAUAUUAA